AUGAAUGUACCAAGCCGCAUCUCCAAGGCGGUUGUGGCCGUCGCUGCGGGCGCAGCGGCAUCUAUAGCAGGCUACUACGAGUCCGACAAACUAUUUUCAGCGUCAGAAAUAGUUAUAGACAUUACAGACAAAGACUUGCUGCCCGGGCGCACAGGGAGAGAUAUGUUUAUUGAUAAGUUCUCCGUAGACGAUAUCGAGCGCCUACUGCAAGACUCGCAGGCCAAAUUUUCGUUGGAGAAACUGGGAUACGUCAAGCAAGUAGUUGCGUUAGACCUCACCGGUCUGGCGGUAGAUAGGCUUCGUGUUUACGAUCUCUCUGUACAAAACAACGACGCUGACGGCAGAAAUAAUCAUGGUUUAAAGCUACAGCUGCCGUGUAGCGAUAACAUCCUACCUUACUAUGUAGAUCAUAAAAGUUUUACCAAUCACCCUCUAACUAAAGACAAUAUAAAAGUGCCGACAUGGCUGCCACCAAUCAUCGAGUUGGCAGUACGACAAACCUUUUCUCUUGAUCGUUCGCGCGCCAUGAUGCUGGCAAUAGAUUUGGCUGAGGGUAUCAAAUGCAAAGUAGGCAGCAAACAAAAGCGAAGUGAAAGGAUUGAAAGCCACAAGCGUACAUUGAACUGGAUGCAGCGCGCUAGUCUGCUAAGCAUGGACAAUUUGUGUGUGGAAUGGGUGGUCAUGCAGAAAAUUUCUGAGAAACUCCCGUCUGAUGUAAAAGUUGCACUUCCCGGUCAACAAUACCCAGGAUUGGGGCUUUUGAAGCCCAUGGCGCGGUUGAUGAAUAAAUUUGCUAAGGAUAAGGAUACGAUAGUUAAUAGCCCGCUGUAUUUUCACAACGCUGUCAUGUAUUCUACCAUGCCCGAUUGCACAUUCUUAAACCCAGAAUUUGAAGGUCAAUUUCGGACGCUCAAAAAUGAUCUAGAAGCGUAUAUAAACGAUAGAGAACAUAUCGGACUGGCUGUGGUGUCCCGGGCUUUAUUUUUCGGAAAUGUGAUACAUAGACCCUCAGGUAAGCGAGUGAGAUGGGAAGCCAUGGAGCAAGUAAUACCGCUCUCUGACAGGGCUAAACAAGAAUUAACAUACAACAAAGAGUACUUGGCUAUAGUGGAGGCCAACACUACAAAGGGCGUAUUCGGUAUAGAUUUUGGAUCCCAUAUAGAGAUACCUAUAUCGAAGGAAAGUGGGGCAGAAAAAGAUUUCCCCUGUGAUGAUAUAUGCAUUUCAGAAGCUAGUUCUAGUAAUGAAACGGCAGAUCUUGUGGCCCUGUCAGAGAUAGAUACACGUCCAGCAACGUAGCACCAAGUUUAACGUAUAUCUUCUAUUCUGCCUAUGUUAUGUAUUUAAAAUAAUAAAAGUUUUGUCAAAAGGA